GCAGCGAUCCAAGGGCGAGCUAACACAAAUACAGUCUGAUAAUAGCUCGCUAAAACCACAAACAUUCCACAUAUCCAGCAACACCAGCGGACAAGGUGCAGGUUAGCUGUACCCCAUGGAUAGUGAGGGAGACCAGAAGGGCAAUGAGAGGCGUACUAAAACUGGCGGCAAUCAGGCUGCAAGAACCACACCCGCAUCAUCAGAAAGGAGUAAGAAGAAAAGCAAGAAAAAAAAACAAAAACCUCAAACACAAAGCAAAAAGAGAGGGCACGCCUCCACCAGCCCAUCUACCUGUGAGGAGACUGGUAAGUUCACUGUCUACGAGGGGACUUUAUACUUUUUAAUGUGUCCUGGACUGUUACAGUAUUGUGUAUUUAUCUCCUACUACACGAAUAUCCCUGAUAAUAAAUGCAUCUUUUCUUUCAUUUCAGUGUACUCAUUUAUAUUGUGUGGAAAACAGUUGAUUAAACAAAUGUAAUCUUAGUACACUUUAAGCCAGUGAACUUGGGUUAUUGGUUAAAAGUCAGGAAUGAAUUAGUUGGUGAAGGUUUCCAGAUAUUUUUAAAAGUAAAUAUAAGAGUUUGGUUCACUUUCUCUGCUUAUUUCCUAGAAUGUACCUUUUUGUUGAUAAAGUCGAUAUCUUUCGAUAUUUUUUUAAAAGAAAAAAAAAAAAGAGGGACAAUACAAGUCAAACGUGUAAUAUAACAAACACUACAUAAAAGACAAACCUAUACCCACUGUAUACAUGAUAACAGGAUAAGGUGAAAGGUUCCAAACAAAAACAGGCUUGCAGAGGAGAGAAGAAAAAGAGUGGAGGUGGGAGAAACCACAGUUAAAAUAAGAAAGACAACUCCUUGAGCAAAGUAUGGGCUAUACAAAUCCUCCAAUUCCGAAUAUAUCUGCAUAGCCCCUCAAAAAACAAAUCUAGCUGGUAAUAUGAGUCUACAGCUAUCAAUAUGAUUACAAUUGCCAGAUUAAACAAAUAUUUUUAUUAAUAGCUACCUAGUCAUCAAGCUAAUCCCAAAUCUCCCCACCCUACUCUUUCUCUAUGCUAUUCACCCCAAUCCCUCUUAAUAUUGUGCAGUUUCCCAUAUCUUUCCCUUUACUCUAUAACUUGAAAGGAAUGUUCUGACCUCAUUUUAGUUGUUAUGAGGGUUGGAGUGUCUAAGCACCAUCUUAGCUUGAGAGGUUAAUUUGUUUUACAGUGGCUUAACCUUGAAGUUGGGCUUCAGCAUUUGGCGCUUCUGCCUUCUGGCUUUCUUUCUAUCUGCGGUGCAGUAUGACAAAGGCAUGACUUUUUUAGUUUAUUACUAGGAGCUCCCAUUUCUCUUCCCUCUAUGACAGUCUUCUCUGUUUUGUACUUAUACAUAUGAUGUCAUAGAUCAGCAUUGUGAGCAUUGUGACCUCACUAAUACUUUACUAUAAAACAGCUUGUCUUUUUUUUUUUUUUCUAAACUUUAAAACCCAAGACUAUAACACAUUUCUCAGCAUUGGUAGCUUUGAAAUUGGGACGGUUGGGCGGGCUCUUACCGGGGGGAGGUUAUUGAAAUCCAUAAUGGGCAAGUCUGCACUGAAUAGGCAUUUCAGGCUGGCAUCAAGCACACCAAGCUGACCAAUGUAUUCCAACAUACAGGACCAUGCAGAGAGCACUAUUGAAGCUCUUUUUGCAUGGGACUAGUGCCCGCUGAACAUUGCAAGCUCAUCCAACACUGUGCUGCCCAGGGACUGUUUCCUGGAGUCCCAAGUAACUAAAUGAGGAGAGUAGGACCGAAGACAAAAAAGGGAUUGUCCCUCCAAAAGCAGGAGUUGGGUGCUCUGCUGUCAUAUAUGUUGUUAGGUUGAUCAUAGCAAGGCUUAACAGGAGCAUAUACAUUUAAAAGAUGGUUUGAUAUCUACCAAGGUGUGUGUAAUGAUAACAGUUUUAAACCAUUCUUAAAGACAAAGGUAAGCCUCCAGCUUAGCCCAAAAACCGUGGAAGAGUGUGUCCAGUCUCCGAAGAGAUCUCUGGGUCACGUUGGUUCUGCAAGUGCCACUGCUCCAGAAUGGGAAGUACUUUCGUCAUUUUAUGCUUGUGGUUGCAAUCUGAGGCACCUUGAUAAAGACCUGGCUACAGGUUGAAACGUUGCAGAUCCAAUAAAAACUGACUCAAACAUAUCACAGUGAGUGCCUGAGAUUUUUCAUUUUUAUAGAGAUCAGGUAGGUGACAGAUUAGCACAGUGGGGACUUGGAUAACCACCAUUCUUCCCAGAGGGGUGGGGAGAUGGAACACUGUAGAAUCUAAGUGAGAGGGCAUUACAUCACGGGGCAUGAGAUCAUCUGCCUAUACCGAGCAACAUUGUCACUAGGCCUCCAUAGGCUCUGCAAGAAAAUCAGAAGCCGGUGCCACCUGGUUCUGUUUAAUAGGCCAACAAGGUGGGUCACUGAUCAUGCCAAUUGGGGACACAAGUGCCUUAUAAAUUGCUAAAAGUAGGAGCCAGAUGAGGAGCAGCUUCAAGACACGUCCAGCAGACACAAGGCUCAGAAAUGCAUUAUUUUUACUUUAUAGAUAUAUACAAAAAUGAGGAUGCAGCUGCAGAUCUACAAAAAAACUAAAUAAAACAAUAGUGCAACACUGUAUAAUAAAGUAUAAGUGCGCUGUGUAGAAUAUAACUCACAAGAUUGAUGAAUGGUUAGCGCCCAAGGGUGCCUCCCCUGAUGUGGAUGGGGGGGCAUUAACAUUGCUCCUGCUCCAAGGAAGGCGAAAUAUGACUCAGGAUGUGGAGUAAAAAAAAAAGGUUUCUUCUUUAUUUAAAAGAAUUAAAAGUAUAAAGGUACAAAUAAGCUGUUUUAGUACCAGGUCCUAUGCGUUUCGUCCGAUGGACUUCCUCAGUUCAUUUGUAUUUGUUUUAUUGCUGUUACGUAUCUGCAUACCAGGAGGUACCUGAGGAAGUCCAUCGGACGAAACGUGUAGGACCUGGUACUAAAACAGCUUAUUUAUACCUUUAUACUUUUAAUUCUUUUAAAUAAAGAAGAAACCUUUUUUUACUCCACAUCCUGAGUAAUAUUUUGCCUUCCUUGGAGCAGGAGCAGUGUUAAUGCCCCCCCCCCCAUCCACAUCAGGGGAGGCACCCUUGGGCGCUAACCAUUCAUCAAUCUUAUGAGUUAUAUUCUACACAGCGCACUUAUACUUUAUUAUACAGUGUUGCACUAUUGUUUUAUUUUGUUUUUUUGUAGAUCUAUAGCUGCAUCCUCAUUUUUGUAUAUAUCUAUUCUGUAUUGGAGGGAUUAUUGCUGGGAUGCCCCUGGAGGAAGCUGUUACCACUGUCUAUUGAGAUAAGUGCUAUAUAUUCACUUUUUUGUUUUAAGGGCAAAAAGUGUUUGUUCUUUUGUACUAUAUACAUACCAUUAUUUUUUACUUUAACUGUUUUCCUAAGGUGCAUUACAUUUUUUUUUUUUUAAACCUAGACUUCCCCUUUAAUCACAGAUAUUUUAUUUUGUACGUUUAAACAAUAAAGUUCUUUAUUUUCCCUUUUGAAUAAUGCUUGUAUAUAUGCCAACUGUUUAAGUGUGGCAUCAAAUAAAGUGGUCAAGUGUCACUUUGUAUUCUGAAACAAGUUGUAACAAGCUACGUUGCAUUGUUCACUCUGCCAAAAGAAGGAUUAUUAAAGGCAAGUUAUGUUUGAAAUAACAGGAUUAUAAAUCCAAGUUUGUGUUUUAGAUUACCAAUGUACUAAAAGAUCAAAGUAAAACCAUUUAUACCUGAAUGCAGAUAUUAGUUGACAUUAUUGCUUUCUAUUGUGUAGGCAUUGUGAAAUCAACUCUCUAUCCAGGAGAUCUGUCAGCAAUAAAUAGUGUAGAAGGACAAAAGUAAAAUGUGUCAUUGACAAUAAUUUAUAAAUGUAGCUGCUUCUGCCUGCCUGUACUUGGAUGGACAGCCCAUACAUUACUCUUUGUGGCACAGGUUGGUUGCAGCUCUGCUAUUACAUUAAAUUACAAGGCAAUUCAAAGCACCAUGAGCAACACAGUGUGAUGUAAUGUCUGUGGUACCAGGUGUGCCCUGGCACCCCCUACAAAUGUAGUCAAAUAAUUUGCCGAUAGUUUGACUUCUUAACUGGAGUCUUCUGGGCAGCAGACCCUUCCUUUUUGGAGCCGGAAGCUCCUGCCGGGAACUUUUGUUAACUGUCCUGAGCUAAACUCUAAGCUUUAGCUUAAAAGAGAUCUCUUCUAUUUACAUAGUUUACGAAGGUGCAGUUCUACUGAUUACAAAUAUUUCCUUCAUUAACAUAAAGAGAUGCUGAUGUUACAUAUAUGUCAAAUUUUUCUGACUAACCUUUGAUGUUCUGUGAAUCAGUUUUAUAGCGGAUUUGUCACUUUUCAGUAUUUUAUAAGGAUAUAUUCUUUACGAAAUAUUGAUUAAGACUCCGUCGGAAUUUCACUGAAAUUCCAACAAAAUCCAAAGAUACUAUGCCCUGUUUCUGUUUAGUAGACUGGUCUGAAACUGUAAAUAGUGGGUAAGAGGAAAGAAGUGGCUGAAGAAACUCUCUUGUUGAGAGGCAUGCCCAACAAUGCAAUUUGACCAAGUUUAAAGUACGUUUAUUACAUACAUUUCAAAGUUUUUAUUGCAUUAUUUUGGUAUGUAUAUUUAUUUUUUUUAAAGUGUUUGCUUUCUGGUUUAAAACAAAUAAUUGUAAAGUGAUGCAUGUUCCUUUAAGGAUUGAGGCAUUUGUCCAAGUUCUGAAUCAAUACAGUAUCUAGUAUUUACCCUAUGUGCUUAUUAAACUGAUCUCAAGUCCCCCUAUACAUAUAUAAUAUGUAAAAUAUAGGGCUUUCUGAUUGUUAAAUGCAUCUUAUAUGUAUAAUCUAUAUUACCUUAUGGUAGUUAACACUAAUCCUAUAUCAACUACCCAAGGCUGUACCAACCCUACCUCUAACCUAUGCUUACACUAACUCUAACCACAUACCUGCCCUGACUUUAACUCUACACUAUGCCUAAACCUAAAACAGCGUUAACCCUUACCAUAACACAAACCCCACACCCUACAACUAAUGCUACUCUAAUCCUACUUCUAACUCUAAUGAAACUCUCUGUUAUGUUAGUAUUGAUAUUGGCAGGUGUGUUUUCUAGUUAAAAAAGUAGAGAGCUGUAUUUUGCCAACAGCUACUGCCCAUUUUCAGCAUUACACUAUGAUUGGUGCUGGGCAGCUGGCAAAGCCAAGCACCGAUCACAAGAGGCAUGGGGGCCAUGCUGAGAGAUCCUACAGGAUAUGUUCUCCCUUGAGCACCUGCCAGUCCAGAAUCACCACAGCUGACUACAAUCUUCUCACGAUCUUCUGGAUUUAAUUUUUUUUACAAACCUGACAUCAUGCUAAUAAUGCUGACAUCACGUUAAACUGGCAUAUUUAGGAGGUUGUUUCUCACUGGUUUCAGGACACGUAAAACACUGUCUAGGCAUGCAUAGUACUGCACUAUUUUUAAAUAUUUUUUUUAACCCUGCUCACACCAGUGGCAGAACUAAUGUAGAGAAGGCCCUGGUGCAAGACUUUUUUAUGGCACCCCCUCUAGUGUAAGAGUAGCGAAAAGAUAGAUCUGUCAUACAACUCUCACGAUGCUAUGCCAGCUGGAGAUUUACCAUUUGCCCAUCCUGGCAGGGUUGUAUUUGUGGGCACUGUUUGUGCGUUUGAAUAUAAGCAUUCUGAGAGGAAGUGACAGUUUGGCAGACACAGGGGUGGAACUCCUGGCUGCACUGUCGGUAGUUCCACACUUGCCUCAUACCACAUUACAGCAAUAGGCAUUUAAAUAAAUAUAUAAAUGCUGUUGUUAAGUGCUGCAUACAAUGUAUCUAUCAAUCUGGAGCCACUAAAAAUCACUCCAGCUGACAGAGGGCAAACCUAGGUAUGGAUUGAUAUCUGAAACACCCUGGUAUGAGCAGGGAAUUAACCCUUCUCACACCAAAACGCUAGGACUUGUCAAAACGUCCUAACAACAUUAAAGCACGGUAUAGCUUGGAUGUAAUGACACAUUCUAACGUCAUGAAGGGAUUCAGGAAUGCAAUUACACAUUUAGAUAAAAAUAAUUAAAUUUGCAUUAAAGCGAUAGUGUCACUUUAAAAAAUAAAUACAAUAAAAAGCUAAACACUAAUAUGUGCCAUUAUGGCAAAGCAUGUACAAAAUACUUUUGUGUAAUUACAUUCCAAUUAAUGUGGUUUCCAUAAGGAAUCAUACGCAUAUUAACAAACAUAUAAGAAAAAAAAACACUGUGUCUUGUACACGUUACCUACAGUGACCUCAAAGUUAACUAAAAAAGAAAAUAUAUAAAAUUUCUAAAUGUUGUGUUCUGAAAAGUGGUUUAAAGAAACAAGUGGCAUCACCAAUGGAAUGUGCCUGCUGGUUCCCAUGGUGAAUGCCCCACUUUAAGUACUUUACAACAGUGUUCAGAAUACAAAUCUUUUAUAUGUAACCACUCUUGUUUGCAUUAUGAUCUUACAGUAAACUCCCACUCAUAGCAAUUUCGGCUCUUUUAAAGCGGCACUGUCACACUUUACUUACCUUUUCCCAAUCGCUUCCUAUUCUCUUCCUCUUUCCUACUCUGUGUUUCUUUUUUUAAUUUUCUAUAUUUCUAUGGACUAUUUUGUCUUAUGCAUUUUUCCUGCGCCCGGCUUUCUAAUACAUAAGGACGAGCUUAGGUAAGCUUCCCUUCCUGUGUCUAUAUAAAGUGUUCCGACAAUACUCACCUUUCCUCCAUAUUCUUGCAAAACUUUUUUCGCCCUUUCCAAAUGUCCUGUCAUGAAGACUAGGGCCCUGACGAAAUGAUAAUUUUGUCCAAGCCGAAUGUCAACAGUUUGCUGGACAAAAUUUGUACGGAAUUAAGUAAUUGUUUUUGGUUUGGAAUUUAAUUUGGAAGAAUAACUAAAUUACUAGAUUGGUACCCUGUGGGAUUGCCAGAUGCAAUCCCACAAGUAUUAGGGAGCAAUCUACUAAAAAGCUGAAAGACAAAACGUCCUUAAUUUUCUUAAUUUUGGUCUUUGAGCCAACUUUACUAAUAUUAAGUAAAAAAAAUGCUUAGUAUUAGUAAAUAAGGGACGGUAAACUCUCCCUCAUGUUCCUACUCGCUGUGCUGCGAGUAGGGACAUAUCUACUAAACAGUGAGCAGCCCGUUCUCUCAUAUGUACAGUUCACAUAAGGGUGAUUCUUUGUUUCUCUGUUACAAACUAUUGUAAUUUUCACACCAGAUUUCCAUCAUUUUUAUAACAGAUUUUUUGUAACAUUCAAUUUACAGAUAAGACUAGCAGCACCAAGAACCCAACAACACUACCACUUAUUCUACAAUCCUCUGACUUGCUGUAUACAACCUCUUGUGAAUCCAGCGUUAAGAACGGAGGUUUAAAGACCGAGAAAGACAACAUAUCUGUUAGCACUAAAUGCUCCCCUGGUGUUCAGAAUGUCCCUUUGAAUGAAAGUUUGCGGUGGGUAGGCAUUCUCGAUGAUCCAGUAAAAGAAGAGGAAAGAAUUCGCCAAUACAAAAUUAAUAGGAGGAAACGUUACUUGUUAGCAGGUCAGCAGAAUGCCCAUAAUUCAUCAGAAGUUCCAGCAGUGCCAUUGGCAACUAAUAAUGAGGCUAAAAGAGACAAUGCCAAUCCUUACUUUUUAGGAUAUAAAGGACAUGGCAGGCCACAACAGCCAUCAACAGAGCUUAAAUUCCCAGCAUUGGUAAACAUACUUAAAAAUGGCCUAUGAAACUGCUUCGAUCAUAAUGGGGUUUAAAAUGGCAUACAAAACUGCUUAGCCACAGCUAGUCAAUGCAGAUAAUCUCUAUCAUUUGUUUGUUAGAGCGCAUGUACCUCUAGAAUGUAAGCUCAUUGAGCAGGGCCCUCCACCUCUCUGUUCCUGUACGUCCAAUUGUCUGGUUAAAAUUACAUCUCUGUUAGUCCACCCAUUGUACAGCGCUACGGAAUGUGAUGGCCCUUUAUAAAUAAUAAAAUAAUAAUAAUAAUGUAGCAUAGAAAACUACUACACUACGUAUUUUUGUAUGUGUUAUUUUUAUAUUCAUUUUAUAUCUGUAUCAUCAUA